AUGCUAACAUCCGCGUCCACCAAGACAACUCCACUCCACCGCCACUCAGUGCAAACGCCCGAUAAUCGCUCCGCACAUCGUGCAGAGCACAUCCGAGUGUCCCAACAUGCACCGAUGGCCGUGCCGGUAGCCCUCGUUCCACCUCCAACCAGCUUUGCCGCACCCAAUGGCAGGUCAGCCACGUCUCCCAGAGCCGGCGACCUUUACCAACCGCUUCCGCAUUCAAACACCAUCCGUCUUCUUGAGAUCCAGCCCGGAACCCCAGCAGAGCCGAUCAAAUGCCGUCUCUUUCCGUCCGACCUGGACUCGACAUCCCCCCCACCCCCCUCUUACGAAGCAAUCUCCUACGUAUGGGGCAACCCAGAGCUCCGCGCAACCGUCCAGUGCAACGACACCACCGCCAUCAGCAUCACCGCCAACCUCGCCGACGCGCUCCGGCGCUUCCGCUCGCCGGCGGAGCCGCGCGUCGUCUGGGCCGACGGCAUCUGCAUCAACCAGGCCGACGACCGCGAGAAGGGCCACCAGGUCCGCCUGAUGCGCCUGAUCUACAAGCGCGCGGCGCGCGUGCUCGUCUGGCUGGGCCAGCCCGCUCGAGGCCAACGGCGGCAGCCCGCCGCGGCGUUCGACGCCCUCUGCGCGCUGGCGAACCAGACGCUCGCCCCGGGCGAGUCGCCCGCUACGUGGGAGGAUGAGCAAUCUUCUUCUUCCUCCUCCUCCUCCUCCUCCUCCUCUCCGAGUGGCAUCGUGUCCUGUUUCCGUCGCACCUACUCCGAGGAUGACCUAUCAUCGUCCUCUUACUCCUCCCUGCCCUCCUCCUCGUCUUCUCCCACCGUCACCACCACCACCAGAGACCGCAGAGACCGCACGAGAGACCGCACCAAGCGCACCUCCGCCCUCCUCGCCGACCGCUGGGCCGCGCUGGCCCCCUUCUACGCCCUGCCCUGGUUCCGCCGCGUGUGGGUGAUUCAGGAAAUCGCACUGUCGUCCGCCACGACGGCGCUGCACUGGGGCCUUUCGUCUUCUUCUUCUUCUUCUUCUUCUUCUUCUUCUUCUUCUUCUUCUUCUUCUUCUUCUUCUGCUUCUGGCGCCCGCAUCGCCUGGGCCACCGUCGCGCGCGCCACGGACCGCAUCGUCGCGCUCAAGCACCGGCUGCCGCUGCACCGGCUGCCGGGCGCGCUGCACGCGCACCUCAUGGGCAGCCUGUGGCAGGCGGAGCAGCGGCGGAACGAGAGCAACAAGAACAACGGCGCAUCGCGGCUGACGACGACGACGACGACGACGACGAUGCUGUGUGACGACGAUGAUGACGACGACGGAGGCGGCGGCGGCGGCGGUGGUGGUGGUACUGGGGGAUCAUCGUCGAGGGGGGAGGAGUGCCGCAUGACGUUUGAGGAGCUGCACGCGAAGACGGUGGCGCUGUCGUUUGUGGCGAGCGACCCGCGCGACCGCGUGUACGCGCUGCUGGGCAUCCCGACGCGCGAGACGGAGCCGGACGACGGCGUGCUGUAUCUGGAGCCGGAUUAUGGCGUCAAUCUCGUGGGCGUGCAGGUGCGGCUGCUGCAGAAGCGGCGCAUGUUGGCGAUGGAGAGGGAGGAGAGCUGGAGAGAAGGAGAACGUAGUUGUUGUUGUUGA